AUGGUGACAAAGCUAAGUCCCCCAGGACUUAAGAACGCCACAAUUUUCCACCUCUACAAGCGCAAAUGGAAUCGCCAAGUUUGUGACGAUCAUCAUGGAAGUUCGCUGCUAAACAUAGUUGGCAAAGCCUUCCCUCGGGUUCUCCUAUACAGUCUCAACAACCACCUGGAUCAAGGACUCCUGUCGGAAAGCCAAUAUGGUUUUCGCCGUCAUCGCGGCACCACCUACAUGAUCGUCGCUGCUCGUCAAUUGCAGGAGAAGUGCCAGGAGAUGCGCACCUACCUGUACAGAUCUAUCGUGGAUCUAACGAAAGCCUUUGACACGGUGAAUCACGCUGAACUUUGA